AAUCAGCAAAGUUGGUGGUGCGUGCACUCACCCACGAAGCUGCAUCUCCACUUCCCACACAGCAAGCAGGGGACGAUCCUUUUUCCUCCGCCAGCCAUCCAUAUCCUCCUAGCUUGAAGCUCCUCUAUUGUUCUCAGACGUAACCCAGAGUUUCCGAACUCAAGAAGAUAGCAGCUGCGAGUCCGAAAAGCGCAUAAACGCGUAGAUUUUGAAUGGUGCUUCUUGGUGUUUAUGUUCUGAACAAAGUUCACUUAAUAACAACUAACAAGGACACUGAACAUAAGUCUGAAUUGGCACAAAAACAUCUUUCUGUAUAUAGAAAAAAACCAUUUCUUUUUGCUCCAUAGCUAAAUUUUUUCAGCAUGGUGCCUCUUGUGCCUCUUGGUGCUUAUAUUCUGAACUAAGUUCACAUACGACCAAACUAAAUUAAGGAUACUAAGCAUAGGCUGGGAACGUUUAGAAGAAAGGGUAAUUCAUGAAGGAAAACCCCAUAAAGUAGUAGAGAUAAUAGAUAUGGCAAUCAUAUGAUCAUAGCACACACAAGAAGUGUAUUAGACAGGUAUUGUAUGGAGAAACUUGUACUGAUCUAUCCGCUCUCGCCUAUAUUUGUUCUUCAGGUCUUGGAUCCGAAGAUGGUGUACAUUUCCUCACUACCUUUGAUGCCAGCGGUCAUCCUCAGCUUUCUCAGUUCCCAAGUGGCGUCACUGAUGCAGUCGUAUAAAAACCACGAGCUGUAUUUCACAGGCAUGAUUCCGGUAGUUCUCUGGUACAUGAACGCGCGCUCAUACGUCGACCUGGAAUUGCCGCUGCCUCCUCUCAACUUCUUGCCUAGCUUCCUCAGCUUAACAUUCCCUAAGAAUAUUAGGAUCUACAUCGAGACGGCAAUUGUUGUGGUAAUUUCUUACAUGUCACUACUGAUAGUCAACUGGAGCUACAUCUGGCUCGUUGUCUUCCCCAUCAUCGCGAUCGGCUUCAUCGCUGCGCUGUGCAGUGAGCUCAGUCGUCAGAGUGGAUGUGGAUCACAGCGGCGGAGCGACGACGGCGAAGCUGGUGCAGGGAGAAAAUUAGCAGAGGGGAUGGAGGCAGCAGCGCUGGUGCCGUACUGGUUGCUCUGCGUGAUGGGCCAGUUCCACGCCGACAAGUUCGCCGUCUCCCAGUUCCUCCUCUUCUUCAGCUUCAUGCUCGGGGCGCUGACGAUGAUGAUGAGCCGGCUGGCGCUGACCAUAGCCGCCGAUCGUGGCGUGGCUCCGGCGUCCGAGCUCCUCCGGAAGGCCUCCCUCGUCGUGCUCCUGGUGGCGGUGCACGCGGUGGCCGCAGAGUUGCUGGGGGAGAAUGUGGUGCUCUUCUGCCUGCCGGAGAUCGCGCCGGUGCUCCUGUGGUUCAGCGUUCGCCUCGACGGUGACGACGGCGCUGGCGUCAUCACUGCUGCCGAGAUCAAGUUGGAGAGCAGAGUGCUCGCUGUUCUUGGCGCAGCAUCAGCUUCUGCCAUGCCAAUCCUAGCGAACUACAUGGACGAGUCUGUGCUCUACUGGUGCGCUAAGGCUUUGGUGUCUUGUGGGGUUUCAGGGCUCCUCGUUUACUACCUUGUUUUCUUGCUGUGCCAGUGGCCGGGACAAGAUGGCACGGCCACUCCCUUUGGAAAGGAGGCAGUGAGGCUACUCAUUUUUUGGGCAAAUGCUUUGCUGACAGUUGUGUCCACAUUGCUGUUUACGUCUCUGUUGGUUGCUGCCCGGUUAGUUCUGCAAGAACCAAUGGUCGCUGAAUCAGGCAGCCAAAUUAUUCGAAGAAUAUGUCAAAAAUUCCUUGAGUUCAUAGUCUAAAUGUGAAACGAACAAUUUACUAAUUUGUUCUGUUAGGCAUACAAAUUAUCUGGGUAAACCUCCUUCAUGAAUUUUCAUAUCACUUAAAGGGAAUAUAGAAUAUGAAAAUUCA